AUGUCUAGGUCAAAGAGUAAGCACGAAUGGUUAUUCUGUGGCAUCUUAGGCGCACAAGCGCUUAUCAUUCUAGCCAUCGAGGCAUUCAUCCUCGCUGAAUGGCAAUUAUGGGUUCAUCCAAAUGUGAUCCAAAUCACCCCAUCGUACAUUGUUCCCGUUGAUUCGGCGAUCAUGUUCUUUGCGUGCAUUUAUGUCUUCUUUCUAGCGCUCGAUGCCGUCCACCACCGUAAUAACGUGUUGCUACUCGCGAUCUGCGUGAGUAAUGCAUGCGCCCUGGUCUUCUCGGUCAUGCUUUACAGGAACAUGGAGGUCCUCGUCAACGAGAUGCCCAGGCAGCGCGAUGCCUUGAAUCAUCCUCUUGUUGACCAAGAUCGAAAUAUCUGGACUCUGAUCCAAGGAUUUCAGCUCGCAUGCCCGAUCUUCAUUGGACUCUGCACUUUGGCUACCUGGGCUUCUGCAUUCCAGUUGCAGAAGCAGUAUGCCUGGGUCAUCUAUCGAAGCGUUCAGGGUGACUCGGAAACGAAGUCUCGAUAUAUGAACUACGAGAUCUAUCUUGUUUUGGUUAAAGUUGCGGCAUUCUUCAUUAUUUGCUUCGUCUUACAAUAUGGCCUUGUCGAUGUUCACUACGAAGAGCCCGAGUUCGGGCUGACAAUGGCGUUAAUGCCCGCCACAUUUCUGCUCAUGAUUCUCGGUGUGUAUGUCGUUCGCUUCGAACGCAAAUGGCCAAUGGGAUUCGUGAUUUUCUGCUAUCUCGCCAUGAUCGCAUAUCUGCUCAGUCGAAUCAUCAUUCUCUACGGUCACGGAUUCCGAGCUCUUACCGCUGGCAAAGACAUGAUGUUAUUAUUCGCAAUCAUGGGCUUGGUACUUCUCGUUCUCACUUUCAUCUGUUCAAUCCGUUGCUACCUGAACUUCGGACAUGGGCUGAAAGCCAUCAUCACUGGAAAAAGCGAAACAAUUCGCGACUCUCACAAUUUCCACAGCAUAGGAGGAAAUGCACCCUUCCCCGUGGAGAGUACGAAGCGUCGGUUAUCUUUGGUCUAG